AUAAUAUAUUUUUUUCAAAAUCUCCAGUCUGUAUUAUGAAGUGUUGUUUUCUCCAUCUGCAAAGUAAAAUUCCUCUUCUGUAUUAUUUCUUGAUCGGAGAAAACUGUAAUCUUCAUAGAGGUUGAAGAAGAAGAAGAAGAACAAUGAGUGUAAUUGAUAUUCUCACAAGGGUAGACUCGAUCUGUAAGAAAUACGACAAGUACGACAUCGAUAAGCAAAAGGAUUCCAACGUUGCCGGCGACGAUGCCUUCGCUCGUCUCUAUUCUUCAGUUGAAUCCGACAUAGAAACGGCUCUUCAGAAAGCGGAAACAGCUUCUAAUGAGAAAAAUAGGGCAUCUGUUGUGGCGAUCAAUGCUGAGAUUCGGAGAACUAAAGCGAGGUUACUCGAGGAGGUUCCGAAAUUGCAGAGAUUGGCUGUGAGAAAGGUCAAAGGUCUUUCGGGUGAAGAACUUGCUGCCCGUAAUGAUUUGGUUCUUGCACUGCCAGAUAGAAUAAAUGCCAUACCAGAUGGCUCUGCAGCUCCACCCAAACAAUCUGGAGGAUGGAGGGCUUCAGGUUCUCGCACGGAAAUUAAAUUUGAUUCAGAUGGACAAUUUGACAAUGAAUAUUUCCAACAAACUGAAGAGUCAAGUCAAUUCAAGCAAGAGUAUGAAAUGCGAAAAAUGAGACAGGACCAAGGUUUGGAUGUCAUAGCAGAAGGAUUGGAUACUUUGAAGAACAUGGCCAGCGAUAUGAAUGAGGAGUUGGAUAGACAAGUUCCUCUGAUGGAUGAGAUUGACGCAAAGGUGGACAGAGCUACCGCGGACUUGAAGAAUACCAACGUUAGGCUUAAGCAUACAGUUAACCAGCUGAGAUCUAGUCGCAACUUUUGCAUUGACAUCAUUUUGUUGUGCAUCAUUCUUGGAAUUGCAGCAUAUUUGUACAAUGUCUUGAAGAAGUAAAACUCCGCUUUAGUGCCUGUUGGAUCGACUUGUAUGUUGGCCUUCAUGAUUCAUUUUAGUUUUUUUCGGUGUGUAUGCAUGUAUAACAAGUUAUUAUCGGUGAUUAAGCCUAGCAUUUGUAUUCUACUUGUUUGUGUGUUUUACUCGUUUGAGAUUGAGAUGAAGUUAUUGUUGUUUUCUAUCUUUGGACAAUGAAUUUCCGGUUUUCUAUUUGUGUACA